CGCCACCGCCGCCUCCGCUAUUUGUAUGUUCCAGCCGGAGUUGGAAAAGAGCGUGGCAUCGAGUGUAGUUUUUUUUAGUACACACAGCACUGUGAGGGGGGGCUGGAUUUCGUUUCUGAGGUCAGGUGUGCGGUAGCUGGGAGGCGAGCCGUCAGUGGUAGCAAGGAUUCCGUCCCGCCGACAUCAUCGCUUCUCGCUUCACCGUUAAAAAUAGAAACUUUUUGAAGAAAACCAAAAACCAACCCCAAAAGAAAACGGAUACACUCGGCUGGAUAUGACACUCGGUCCGACGACUGAGCACUCCGCACGCAUUACACGAGUGACAACCAAACAAACAGUGUUUGUGGCGGCUAAUAGUGUGAACAGUGUGUCCAAAUAAAAGUUGUGAUUUAGUGCAAGAAGUGAGUGUGAUAAAAGUGAGUGUCGAGAGAUGAGAGCGGCCGUUUGGAUCCUUCAUGUCCGCCGACUUAUUUGCUGUUGAGUCGUCGUCGUCGUCGCCUGGUGAAGACAAGAUGAGGCGCUUUCUGUCACGCCGGCCGAGUCUUCGCCUUUUAGCCGCUCCGAUUCUAUUACUGGCCGCCUUCACCGUCGUCGGUCUCAUGACCGACUGGGCUGCUGACUGGGGCGCCAAUAAAAACUGUUCGGUUGACAAGUCGUCGUCGCCUUCAUCUUCCAAUUUAAUUCGCCAAAGAAGCGGCGGCUCCAUUCAAACCGCAUCUAAUCGGGCCAGUGCAGACUGGCGCCCAGAUUCCGAUCAGGCUUACGCCAGGUCCAUGAACGAGUCAUCCUUUUCAUCUUCGCAGGCAGUUUGCCGGAGCGUGACUGUUUCCCGAGCCGAUAUCGACACGAUGCAAGUCUAUCCGACUCUCAAUUUCCAGCCGGAAUACAUGCGCAGGAGAGACUUUUGGGACUCGUCGCUGGAGAAGCGUUACAACGAAUACAAGAAGGAUACGACACGCCCGUCUCUCAAGGUUGUCGUGUUGCCCCAUUCCCAUGUCGAUCCUGGUUGGUUGAAAACUUUUGAAAACUAUUACGCACAAUCGACGCACUCGAUUUUGGACAACUUGGUCACCAAGUUGACGCAGCACAAAAAUAUGACAUUCAUCUGGACGGAAAUAUCUUUCUUCGCACUGUGGUGGGAAAGUGCAUUGCCAGCCAAAAGACGCCAAGUGCAAAAGUUGGUGGAAGAAAAGCGACUGGAAUUCACUUCGGCCACUUGGGUAAUGGUGGAUGAAGCCACGCCACAUCUCUAUUCCAUGCUCGACCAAAUGAUUGAAGGACACCAAUGGCUGAAAUCGCAUUUGGGCGUGUCUCCCAAAUCGGCAUGGACUGUCGAUCCUUUCGGACACGGGCCAGUGGCACCCUACUUGCUGCACGCAGCCGGACUCCAAAACACGGUCGUCCAACGUAUCCAUUACGGAUGGAAGCGCUGGAUGGCAGACCGACAGGUGAGCGACUUUUAUUGGAAGCUGCCCUGGGAGACUCCUGGACGGGAUUCCGUUUUAUGCCACAACUUCCCUUAUGACAUUUACACGACAAAGCAUUCCUGCGGUCCCAACCCGAAAACGUGCUUAGGAUACGAUUUCCGCAAUGUCCGAGGCGAAUACAACGAGUUUACAAUGAACUCGUCGCCCAUCACGCGAACCAACAUCCAGAGCAAAGCCGAGGUGCUGCUGGAGCAGUACGCCAAAACGGGUUCGCUGACCCGUCACAAUAUCGUGCUGGCACUAGUGGGCGACGACUUCCGCUACGAUCACGACAUCGAGUGGGAUCAACAGUACACCAAUUACCAGAACCUCUUCAACUACAUCAACGCCAGGAAGGAGAUCUACAAAACUGAAAUUGGAUUCGGGACACUCACCGAUUACUUUGAUGCCAUCCGGGGUCGCGUUGACAACUUCCCAACUCUCAAAGGAGAUUUCUUCCCCUAUUCGGACAUUUUCAGCGAAGGACGGCCCGCUUACUGGACCGGUUAUUUCACGUCUCGACCCUAUUACAAAAUGCUGGCUCGGGAGUUGGAAGAUCGACUCCGAGGGGCGGAGAUUCUCUACACUUUGGCUCUCAACCGAGCGAGACAGAAUGGAUUCCCUACGGCCAGACGAGUUAUGGAUCACAAGUAUGGCGCGCUGGUACAGGCGAGGAGGUGGUUGGCGUUGUUCCAGCACCAUGACGCCAUCACCGGGACCAGCAAAGCGGCUGUCAUGCAGGACUACGGUCAGAAACUCUUCCAGGCGUUGAAAGAUUCGGCCAAUAUCGCGUCGAGCAGCGCUGCCAUUCUCAUGUCGAUCGACGACCAUCAGUGGCAACGCUUCCGACUUUUGCCCGCACUCCAGCGACCCACUUACGACAAACUGGCCCAAAAGACGACGCUCGAAUUGGCAACAACUGAGCAAACAGAGAAGACGGUCAUCCUGUACAACUCGGAGGCUCACCACCGAGACGAAAUGGUCAGAUUGAAGACCAGCUGGCCGUACAUCCGCGUUCUCGAUUCGGAUGGCAAUAAAAUCCGACAUCAAGUCAAUCCCGUCUGGACUCUUCAACACCACCAGCGACUAGAGCCGGCCCCCGAAAGUUUUCAGCUGGUUUUCAUAGCCUCGUUAGCUCCAUUGUCUCUGUCGGCCUUCCGAAUCCAAAGAAUGCACAUGCCGACCAACCAACAAGCCAACGAGACCGCCAAGACGCUCGUCUACAGCACGUUCGACAAUACGACACUAAACGGACCAUUCAAAUCGCAGCGGCUGGAGCAGUUGGUCGACAUCCAAGUGGAGAACCGCAAGACAAAGUUGCUCUUUGACGGGCAGACGGGAUUUCUCAAAUCGAUCCGAUCCAAAGCCACGGACCGCGUGACUCCGUGCGCCAUGCAGUUCGCCGCCUAUCCUUCCAGCAUGUUCCAUAGCGGAGCUUAUCUUUUCAUGCCCGAUCCCAACGCAGUCGAGCCGCAACUUGACGUCUUGAAAGGUUUCAACGGAAGGCCGCAGAUUUUCAUCAUCAGCGGGCCGGUGAUGUCAGAAGUGUCGGUGGUCUACAGCCAGUUGCUCGUCCAUUCGACCAUCAUCUUCCACAAAAAGAUGGAGGAUCUCAUCUGGAUGGAAACGACGUUGGACAUGGGGCCGGCACCCAACUUUAGAGAGCACGAAUUCUUUAUUCGCUUUAAAACCGGACUGCAAAAUGUCGAUCCAAUUAAUGGCACGGCCGAGUUCUUCACCGAUCAGAACGGGUUCGCAUUCGCCCGGCGAGUGCGCAACAGCCAACUCGGAGUGGAGGCCAACUAUUAUCCAAUCACGAGCGCUGCAUUCAUUCAAGACGACAACCAGCGGUUGAAUGUGCUGGUCAAUAGCGCCAAAGGCUUCACUUCGCUGGAAAAAGGAUGGAUGGAGUUCAUGCUGGACAGGCGAACCAUUCACGACGACGGGCGAGGAAUGGGCGAAGGGAUGACGGACAACUUGCCAACUGUUACGCCCUUUGUGCUGAUGCUGGAAGAAAGGAAAGAGUCGGACGACAAGGUGGACAGAAUAAGUCUUCCGGCAACGUUCGCUUCGACGAGAUUAAUGUAUCCGGCUACGGCUUUCAUCGUCGAUGCUGACGAGUCGGAGCAAGUCGAUUUUGUUACGCGGACCCGGCUACUCUUUCUCAACCAGCCCCUACCGUGCAAUAUCCACAUGGUCGGCCUGAGGACUCUUUCCGAAACAGGAUUGAUGGAAAUGGAUUUACCGUCCAACUCGGCGUUGUUGACUCUUCACAACCGGGCUGCCGAUUGUUCCAUAACGGACGAUCUACCUUUCCCUUGCGGUACAACAGAUCCUGAGGAUCGAGUCUUCCAUCCGGGGACAUCUUUCAUCGGACUGGAGCUCGGCAGAAUGGAGCGCACUUCUCUCACUGGGCUCCGCGAGAUGGGUCUGGCCGAUUUCGACUCUGCCCGUCUCUCUUUGAUGGAACUGGGCUCUUUCAACCUCACUUUUGUCUGAGGUGGAAUUUUUUCUUAGUCAAAUGAUCUGAAACAUUCACCCAAUGAACAAUAAUAAUAAUAAUUAAUACAUUUGAAGUAUACGAUCAAAA